CUUUCCCGCUCUCUCCGCUCUCUCUAGCAUCUCUGCCCCGGCGACACUGACAUCAUUUCCUUUAAUGCAGUUCCCUGGGAUGCUCUUCCGAAUAGGUACUCCCUUUGGUGUCACAUGUGGGUUAAAAGGGUCACUUCCUCCGGGAGGCCCUUCCUGACCCCCUCAACUGAGUCAGGCCUCUGCUCAGGAUCCUGUAGGUCCCUGACCUUAAUGUGCAUCACAUCUUAUAUUUUACUUGUGGGUAAGUCUCCCACAUAGAUUCUAAGCCCAAUGAGUUCAGUGGCUGUUUUUGCUUUAAUUCAUCAUCUUUCUGGCUUGUUGCAUUGUGGAUAAUCCACAAAUACUUGUUCAAGUAAGCAAGGUGGUGGUAGGGCUGAGGGUGGGAAUAAUUCCCCAGGCAGAGGGAAUGUGCGUAAAGCCAUGGAGGGGAGGAACUGGUGACCUCAUUAAACAGUAUGUGGUUCCAUGGUGGGGUGUAAGGAAGUAGGCUGAUGGUGACAUGGGGGCCCUUGGAUGUCACUCCAGUGAGUGUGCACUUGACCUCAUGGGCAGCAGAGGCCUCCAAAGGCACCUCAGCAAGGCCUUCCCAAUUUUCUCCUCCAAAGCUGUUACUUGUUCCACUUCGGGUUUGGAUUAUGUCCCAUGAGACUCUACUUAUCUGAACCACUUGGCUCUUGUCUCCCUCGCCUAGAUUCUGAAGACAGGAGGAGCUGAUGCCCAGAGCAGCACGUGACUGGUCUUCAGAAUGGCCGCAGCCCCCCAGGCACCAGGGAGGGGCUCUGUGCGGAAGACCAGACCUUUACCUGUGAAGACAUCAUUGAACAACCCAUAUACCAUCCGCUGGGGUGCCCUGGACAGGGAGGAUAUGCACUUCAUACUACAGACCCUGGAGGACAGGAUUAAAUCUCUCGGGCUUCAGAAGACUGAGGACAGGAAGAGAAAGAGAAAGCAGCCCGCUUUGAAAACACAAAGCGGAGACACGUGCAGCAUGGAUGUGGACACUGGUGAGGGUCUGAAGGAGGAAAAGCCAGAAGGUGAGCCCCAGGCAUCAGGGUGGACCCCUGCCGACGUCAGAAAGCAGCUUGCCAUCGGCAUCAACGAGGUCACCAGAGCCUUGGAGAGGAACGAGCUGCUCUUGGUCUUGGCGUGCAAGUCGGCCAAGCCGGCCAUCGUCACCGCGCACCUGGUGCCGCUGAGCGCCAGCAGAGGUGUCCCUGCCUGCCAGGUGCCCCGGCUCAGCGAGAGGCUCGCACCCGCCAUGGGCUUGACCUGCGUCCUGGCCUUGGGGUUCAAAAGAAACACCGCUGCCUUUGCGGAGGAAGUGAGGGCCAUCAUCCCCAGAGUCCCCCGUCUGGACGUGCCGUGGCUCCGAGACACACUUGAAGACCCCGGGGAGAACCCAGAGAUGGAGUCUUUGGAAAGCCAAGACAAAGAGAUUUUGGACACUUCCUUCGAAGACCUCCCUAAAUCCAAGAGAAAGCUUGCUGAGGGUCAGCAGGCUGCAGUGUUACAACCCCUGAAAAUAAAGAAACUGAUUCCAAACCCCAAUAAGAUAAGGAAGCCACCCAAAAGUAAAAAAACGGCUUCAAAGUAACCUUGUAUAAACCUGUCACUUCAUACAGUUGUAAAAUGCCACCUCGUAGAGAAGCCGCGAAUAAAAUGACUUUUACAUGUA